GCCGGCUGUGGGUGAAUGACGUCACGCCCCCGAGACAACAUCACCCCGAGAGGAUGGCGGUUCAUCCCCGUCCGAGCGGACGGACAGCGCACGGGAAUAUCCCGGAACGUCGUCACGCUUAGUCGAGGAGGGCGACUGGAAGCGCGCGAGAGAGAAGGGCGUGAAGUUUGCCGUGAACGAGACGACGCUGCGCCCGGGGCGUAGAACGAGGACGGCGACGACCAGGGUGCAACAAGCGUCCGCGGACAUCACGCCGGGCAAACAUGAGUGAGCUAAACCCGCGGCUGAUCGCGAGGCUCGACCUGUGCGUCGCGAAUCGCACAGCUGAGUUCGCUGGAACGGUUUUUUUUCAGUGGACCCGCCCUCUUAAACGAUGCACGUUUCAACAUCCAGGAAAAAUUUAAAAUCAAAAUUUAAACGCACGAUUAGCACGCUUCUACGAUAUCGUUCCUAUUUCAUGUGUCGCUCAUUAAUCGUUCAUUUAUCGUUGCCAAGAUGUACGUCGGAAAGCAAAGGACAUGGCACACCUGUAGAUACGAAAUGCCGGACUAGCGUACGCACGAGAGAGCGAGUGGCCGACCAGAGUAGUGGCAGAGCAAGAAGGCAGAGCAGAGUAGUGAAGAAAGGGUAGAAAGCAAGUACGUAGAGAAAGAAAGAGAGAGAGAAAGGGAGAGAGAUUGCUCGAAAAAAAAAAUUUACGUGGCGCAAAAAAUCUCGCGGGGAGAAAGAGAGAGAGAGAAUGAGUCACGCUCAACAGCAUGUGCUUGCGAGCGCGAUAGUUCUCGCGCUGUUAGUGGUAUUCGGCAUCCACGUCUUCCUGUUCCCCAUGUAUGACACGUCGUCCCCGCCUGCACGCCACACCAAGAUCUCCGUGUACGAGCAGGCGCUCUGUCGCACGACCCUGAAGACGUCCAACGUCCGAGCAACGGCGCCUGAAUGGCGCAACAAUCCCUGUCCCAAGUACGGCAUAGUCUCGGCAGUGCAGGGCGGGAGACUCGGCAAUCAAAUCUGGGAAUACGCGUCCGUGUGGGCGACCGCUCGUAGGACUGGCCUGGAGCCGUUCAUGCCACGCUGCAUCCUCAAGACCCUGGAGGAGCACUUCGAGAACCUCAGCAUUCCGCCGCUCAGCUACAUCAGCAGAUGCACCCUGGACGUCGGGCAAGUGGUCAAUUCGCUCAGUCAGUGGAACAGUACGGAGCAGAACAUCAUUAUACCCAGACAUGCGGCUUAUUGGUCCUUGAUACUGGUUUGGCUGGACGACGUACGGCGAGAAUUCACGUUCAAACCGAGUUUGAGGAUCUACGCCGAGAAAGUAUUGAAGCGUGUGGCAGAAAAGUUCAACUUGUCCUCGCCAACCUACGUCAGUGUACACGUGCGUCGAACCGAUUACGUGGAUUACCUUUGGCAGAAACUGAAGACGCGGCCCGCACCGGUAAGUUACUACCUGUCGGCGAUGGAUUAUUUCGCCGGCAGGUACAGUAACGUUGUCUUCGUGGUGACGAGCGAUAAUAUUGCCUGGUGCAAGUAUCACUUGCGCAGCAAGCGUCACAGAAUCAGUUUCGUAUCGGAUAACGAUGGUAAGGGCCCGGGCAAGGAUCUAGCGGUCUUAUCCGCGUGCAACCACAGCAUAAUAGAUUACGGCACUUAUGGCUCGUUCGGGGCCAUUUUAGCCGCUGGUGAAACAGUAGUUUACAAUGUAACAACAUACUUUUCUACAUUGAUCGCUGACGUUCUACCAAACUGGAGAAUAAUGAGUUGAAUAAAUUGAGAAAUUCAAAGCUUUCAAGCAUAAAUAGAACAUAUUUACGUUGCAUCAUAUAUACACAUUUUAUGUAAUUACAUAUUUUUUUCAAAAAGCGACAUAUAUAUUAUUUUUGGCAAGUUUUAAUCAACUUAUGUAAAAGAGAAUUUUGAAGAAUCUGUUAGGUUAUCGCUCUUUCAAUAUCAAAAUUUGCAAUUAAAUGUUCAAUUGCUUUAUAAAUUGUUAUCGGAUUGGAAAUAUUGUAUUUGUUUUACGCGUAAAAUCACCAUAUAUUAUUAUAUAUUUUUGCUAUCUAUGGUGCAAAUAUGGUAAUUAAUAUUAUAAACUACAUGAAAGUGUAUAUCUUGCCUUUAUGUCGCCUAUAGAUAAUACGUAUAUAUAUAAAUAUUUUUCUUUUAUUUAUUAUACAAAUGCAUAAACAUUUUGCCAGCAGUAAAAUUCAAUGAAAGUGUGUGUUGCUACAUCACAUUAAAUUUUAUAUUUGUAAAUGCAUCAAAAUGCGCUUAGUAUUACGCACAUACAUAUAUUACGCUCUUAUUUAACUUUAGUGUGCGUACACACAAACUAGAAAUCGAUGCACCUGUAAAUGUAGCGAGCGAGGAAACCUUUCAAGGAACUCGCGAGGAAAAGGUUUACAAUGGAACAAUGGACCACUAAUAUCUAAAAUUAAAAACAGAUGCUUAUUUUUUCUACGAUUCUGAUACAAACUCGACAUGGUCGUAAAAAUUUAAUGAAAAGAAAACAAAGAAAGCGUAUAGAGAUAUCGGCUAUCCUUUUCAAAUAAAGUGGCGAUCAAGUGAGCUUAAUAUAUUCA